AUGAGGGCCAGAGAACAGCCUCUCCUGAAGGCCAGCCAAAAGGCCUUGGACUUUAUUCAGAAGAACAAACCAGUGUUGCAAUGCACUGAUGUGUCGAAAAGCACCAAGGGAGGGGACACGGGCAGAGCAAUGGUGGCCAGGCUCGGGCUGUGGCUGCUGCUGCUGGCAUUGCUCCUACCCAUGCAGAUUUAUUCCAAUGAAACAACUGUUGUAACAGUUUCAAGUAACUCCCCCCAGAGUACUUCGACUGCCCCAAAUCCAGCUAAUGCCACCAUCAAGGCGGUUGGUGGUGCCCUGCAGUCAACAGCAAGUCUCUUUGUGGUCUCACUCUCUCUUCUACAUCUCUACUUGUUAAGAGACUCGGGCCAAGAAACAUCUUCUAAACUUCCCCAUCUUCUAAACCCAAUCCAAAUGACGUCUGGAAGUCCAAUGUGGCAAGGAAAAACAGAUCUUCAUCUAAUCUACUAAUUCCACAUCUUUUAUUGACACAGAAAAUGUUUAGAAUCCCAGAUUUGAUUGGUUUGAAGAAUGUAUGCGAGGUUUGACUAGAUGAUGGAUGCCAAUAUUAAAUCUGCUGGUGUUUCAUGUACAAGAUGAAGGAGAGGCAACAUCCAAAAUAGCUAAGACAUGAUUUCCUUGAAUGUGGCUUAAGAAAUAUGGACACUUAAUACUACCUUGAAUAUAACAGUAGUAAUAAAGGAUGUGAUUUUGGAAUGGAGAUUCAGUUUUCAUUUGGUUCAUUAAUACUAUAAGGCCAUAAAACAGGUAAUAUAAAAAGCUUCCAUGAUUUUAUUUAUAUGUACAUUAGAAGGAAUUUCCAGGUAUUACUGCAAUUUCUCAAUGUAUUGUUUCAACAGCAC